GAGUCGCAUCCCAUCAACACCCAGUGAGGAAAAUCAGAUCAAAGUGAAAGUUCACUGUACUGUCAGUAACCUUUGGCAGUGGUUUGGGAUGGACGGCGUUGAGCACAAUGGGUUUCCUCACUACAGACAGCCGUACCUCAGCGUCCCGCUGGACGAAGUGCAGCUUGACUUCCUCGGGCAGAGGGUAGAAAAGAAGUCCCUGUCGCUUCUGGAGAGAGUGAAAGCACAAUGUUGGUGUUCUGGUCCCCGAGUGAAGAACCUCCUUCUAAACUUUUUUCCCAUCCUGUCAUGGCUGCCUCAGUACUCUGUCAGACAAAAUGCUUUGGGAGAUGUGUUUUCAGGGAUCAGCGUCGGGAUCAUGCAUCUACCACAGGGAAUGGCCAACGCCAUGUUGGUAGGAGUUCCUCCAGUGUUUGGUCUGUACACCUCUCUCUAUCCCCUCAUCAUCUAUUCCAUCUUUGGCACUUCUAGACAUCUCUCCAUUGGUACUUUCGCCGUCUUGGCCAUCAUGAUUGGGUCGGUGACGGCUAACGUGGAGUUGCUUGGCAACGGUGACGAGGAGAGUCAGAUCGCUGUUGAAACAGCCAAAGUGAACGUGGCAAUACAACUCACCUUCUUAUGUGGCCUCAUACAGCUGGUGUUGUACAUGCUGCGGGGAGGCGGAGUGUGUCGGUGGAUGUCUGAUCCUGUAAUCAGAGGCUACACCACAGCAGCGGCGCUGCAUGUGAUCGCCCUGCAGCUGCCGCUGAUGACUGGAAUUCCUGCACAGAGACACACCGGACUGCUGGCUUCAGCUUGGACUCUAAAAGAUGUUCUUUAUGGAGUCACCAGCGCCGUACCGGGAACUCUGUGCGUCUCUUUGGUUUCAAUGGUGACGCUCGUCAGCGGAAAGAUGCUGAACGAGCGCUUCAGGAGCAAGCUUCCUGUUGCCAUACCGUGGGAACUCAUACUGAUCGUCGUGGGCACAGUCCUGUCAGUGCAGAUGGAUCUGGCUGGACAGCACAGAGUCCAGGUGGUGGGACACAUACCCAGUGGCUUGUCUCCCCCCGUCCUCCCCUCUCUGUCUCACUUCAGAGAGCUCUUCAUCCCAGCUCUGUCCUCAGCUUUAGUGGGCUUCAGCUUCCUCUCAGCGAUGGGCUCAAUGUUCGCCGACAAGCACGGCUACCGUGUGGACCCCAGUCAGGACCUGCUGGCUCUGGGUCUCUGUAACACCAUCGGAGGGAUGUUUCAGUGUUUUGCCGUCAGCUGCUCCUUCUCUCGCAGUAUGGUCCAGGACAGCAUCGGUGUCAAAUCGCAGAUGGCAGGCCUGGUUUCAGCCCUGGUGAUUCUGACCAUCUUGUUGAAGAUUGGUCAUUUGUUUGAGCAGCUGCCAAAGGCAGUGUUGGCAGUGAUCAUCGUGGUGAACCUCCAGGGGAUGCUGGCUCAGUUCAAAGACGUGUGCUUACUCUGGAAGUCAGACAGAUUAGACCUGCUGGUGUGGGUGGCAUCGUUGAUUUCCACCCUGAUCUUUAACCUGGACCUGGGUCUGGCUGUGGCUGUCAUCUUUUCUCUGCUUACACUCAUCUACAGGACGCAACACUCCUCCGCCGUCGUUUUGGGUCAUGUUCCUGGAACAGACUGUUACCGAGACGUGGGGCUCUACCUGGAGGCGAAACCAGUUCCAGGAGUGACGGUGGUCUCUUGCUCCAGCCCGCUUUACUUUGCCAACACCGAACUGGUCUUCACAGCAAUCAGACAGACAGUGAGCAGUGACCUGAGGAAUAAUCCAGCUGGAGUUCACGCCACUGUGACCUCUGACCCUUCCUCCUGCUCAAACCCGCCACAGCCUCACCGUCACUGCCUGGUUCUGGACCUCGGCUCGGUGGCCUUCAUGGACUCUGUAGCCACGACGACACUUUGCAAGGUUGUGGAAGACUUGGACGUCCAGGGUGUGCGUGUGUUUCUGGCUGCCUGCCCAGUGAGAGUUUUAUCGCAGCUCCAGACUCAGGGUUGUAUACCAGACGUCCUGCCCAGCUCUCGCCUCUUCCCCUCAGUGCAUCACGCCGUUCAGCACUGCAAAGACACCCUGCCCCGAUCGCUGGAGGAGGUCAACUUGGACGCAAGUGAAUGUUGACCCAGCAGCCCACCUUCAUUUGAAUGUUAUUUUCUGCACACGCAAAACAAUCACAGCUUCAUCUUAUUUCCAAAGACAUCCUGUAAAACCCCUCACAGUUUGUAUAUGCCUGUUCUUACAUUCUUAGACAAU